CUUACCCCAACUUCACAGGUCUUUUACACACUAACUAGCUCCAUGACAUCCGGCCCUCCGUAAUUAUCACGCUGACACGCGUUGUUGACGGAAAAAGUCCGAGAGAUCCCAUGCUGAUCUUCUACGCCUACACCGUUCGGCUCAAGGCCUGCUAGUAUACUGUGAAGUUGUAGCGAGCGAUACCACCGCAAAAAUGACCAAGUCAGACAUCGAACUCGACCCACUAUGGCAAAACCUCGAUUGGGCGAUUGGCCAGAUGUUGAUUAUGGGAUGGGAUGGUACCGAAGUAACGCCUCAAAUUCGAAACCUCAUUGAGAACCAUCAUUUAGGUUCUAUCAUAUUGACAGCUAAGAAUCUGAAAUCUGCCGAACAGACUGCUUUGUUGGUUCAAGAGCUUCAAACAAUAGCUCACCAAGCAGGUCAUCCUCAGCCAUUGUUGAUAGCUCUCGACCAGGAAAAUGGAGGUGUCAACAGUCUAUUUGAUGAGGACUACAUCUGCCAAUUCCCCAGCGCCAUGGGCGUUGCUGCCACGGGGAGCACAGAGCUAGCAUACAGUGUAGCAAAGGCCACGGCCACUGAAGUAUCAGCCGUCGGAGUUAAUCUCAUUCUUGGGCCUGUCUUGGAUGUCUUAACAAAUGCUCGACACCAACCUCUUGGGGUUCGGGCAACUGGAGACGAUCCUCAGGAAGCCUCACAGUUUUGUAUUGCUGCUAUCAAUGGAUUUAAGGAUGCGGGCGUGGCUACCUGUGGGAAGCACUUCCCAUCCUAUGGAAAUAUCGACUUUCUCGGCUCCAGCUUAGACAUGCCUAUUAUCACGCAGACUUUAGAAGAGCUCAGCCUUAGCGCUCUUGUACCCUUUCGAAAUGCGAUUAGCGCGGGGCGCUUAGAUGCUAUGUUCGUUGGCGGUGUUGGAAUCCAAAGUGCUGGAAUGAACGUGAUGCACGCCUGUCUUUCAGACCAGGUCGUAGAUGACCUCCUUAGGAACGAGCUUGGAUUCAAAGGCGUCGCCAUCUCAGAAUGCCUCGAAAUGCAGUCUCUUAUACAGGAGUACGGUGUCAAGGGAGGAACCGUGAUGGCCGUCGAAGCAGGGAACGAUUUGGUGCUUUUGUGCAGAGCACAUGACGUGCAAUUGGAGGCUAUCUCUGGGUUAAAACUGGGUUAUGAGAACGGCAUCAUCUCGAAAGACCGAAUCCAUACCUCUUUGAAGCGAGUACUACGAAUGAAGAGUGUAUGUACAUCUUGGCAAAAGGCUCUCAAUCCGCCUGGGCUUCCUUUACUAUCCAAGAUACAUCCGUCACAUCUCGCACUCUCGAGGAAGGCUUACGACCACUCGAUUACAGUUGUACGGGACAAGGACGGUCUACUUCCUCUCUCACAAAGCUUGCUCCAAGAAGAGGAACUAUUACUAUUGACACCUCUAGUUAAGCCUCUACCGGCUUCGGCGGCUACUAAAAGUUUAUUGGAGAAGGGAACUAAAGGAAAUCCUUCUUUGCAUGAGAGGUGGAUUCAUCAGGAACGUGGAGCGAUCAUGAGCGGAGAGGGUGUUUUUCGAGAACUCGGCCGAUCGAUAGCCCGAAUGCGCAACGGUAAACUUCUUCACACAUCAUAUACCGCAAACGGACUCCGACCAGUACACGAGAAUCUGAUUAACAGGGCAUCGGCGAUCAUUAUCGUAACUGCUGACGCUAACCGAAACAUGUAUCAAACUGGGUUCACAAAGCAUGUAGCCAUGAUGUGUCACAUGCUUCGUGGUACGGGCCAGAAGAAAUCACUCAUUGUCGUUGCAGUUAGUUCGCCGUACGAUUUUGCAAUGGACAAGUCGAUUGGGACAUAUGUCUGCACCUUUGAUUUCACCGAGACAGCCAUGGCCUCUCUUGUCCGUGCGCUAUACGGAGAGUUCACCCCUCAGGGGUCGAUGCCGGGGACGAUGAGGAAGAGCAAGAAAGUUUCUAAGACAAGACAGCAGUGGCUCGUCGAGAACUACGACCGCGAUCGAGAUGUUCCAGCUCUCGAGGAGUUACUAAGGACUUUAGCCCGUUCCAGCACACCGAGUCUCCCGUAUCUCACAACGUCGGCUCACUCAUUUGAAUUGUUCAACUCUCACGUUGAAGAAGCGCACUUUGUCGUUCGGAAUAGUAGCACGAAAACGUUGUACGGAUUUGUGGCUACAUAUUACACAAAAGGUGUGGGGGCUAUUGGCGCGCUCUUCGUCGACCCAGCAAAACGAAACGUCUCGAUUGGAAGGUCAUUACAUCGUCGCGCACUACGAGCACUACUUCAAAAGCAAGGGAUCAAAACGAUACAGCUAGGGCUUACAUUUCCGGGAGUGUUUCCAGGAGUACCUGUUGAUGAAAGUGGGAGCAACAAGAGCUGGUUCGAUAAUGUGGGAUGGGACACACAGUUUCCUAAACGACUAGCGAACAUGGUCAUCGACGACCUCGGCGCUUGGACGGCACCAGAAGGUCUUUUACAGAGUAUACAGCGAGCGAGCAUUAGCUUCGACCUAAUCCACGGGCUCGACAACGCCGAAUCAGUACUAAAUCACGUAGCGACGCAUGCGGGACCCGAGGUCGUGGAGCUCUACAGAUUUGCGCUCCAAGAGACAAACACGAGUGGAGUGGUGAGAGCCAAGAACUCAGUAGAUAAUCUACUAGGGACAGUCAUUAUUUGCACGGCAGCGAGUCGACUGUCGACGUACAUCCCCGCGCUUCAUUCUAUCAGCGGGGGAGAUAUCGGUGGCAUAAUUGCUCCAAUUGUUCCCUCGACGGCUCAGUCAAGGUUGAUACUGCAGGGACUAGCAUUCAUGGGCGUGAGACAAAAUAAGGCGCACAAGUCAGCAAAGAGUGUGCUCAGUUGGGUUCUCGAAGAGGCACAUGAACCUCUGGUAGCUAUGGGUUUCGAAAUCCAACAGACGUUUGACGAAAUUACAAAUUCGCCGGAGAACGUAAGUCUGAUGCCUGUCUAAAAAUCGAUAGAUUUUGCUGAUCAUUGAGAUCUGAGAUAGUGGUCUGACCUAAGUUGAACAAUGCCAUUUUCGGGUGACCAACACACACCAAAAGUACCAAAUGAAUAAAUGAAUGAAUGAAAGAAAUCCUUCACCGAACCUACGUUUUUGGGUACCCCUUUUCCCCCGAAGAAAAUGGAAUGAUGGAUUGGAAGUGGGGGUCUGGAAGUGCAAUAUUGUUUCUCUGCUCCAACAAGAGUUUCAACCUAUGGUUCUGGCUUAUAACUUUUUAUAUAUUCGG